GAGGAUUCACUUGUGUAAAGACUCAAGCAAAAGCUCUGCUGUUUAUUUUUGGAUCUUCUAAGAAUAACACAACUACAGCCACAGUGCUUAGAACUGCACAGGGAUCUAAAUGAAGUAAGUUACCUUUGCCUUGUGGGACAGUUGUGUAGUAGAGCAGCCAGUCAGUCAGACGCUUAGUAGGUCAGCUCAGCGUUGUCUGUGCCCUCUGCACCACUGGGCUGGGAUCACACUUUCAUCUACUGAGCUGAGACUUGUUGGACACAGAGGCUCCCUGCACAACUCCACCAUGUCUCUCAGGCUGCUGCCUGCUUUCGUUGUGGAUAACGACGACGAUGAUGAUGGUAACUUCACAAAAUGGAUGAGUAGUUACUGGGGUCACGGAGCAGAAGGUGGACACUCCAGGGACAGGAAGCGCAGUUUCAGAAGAGCCACAAAAACACAAGGGGACCGAAGAGCAUCACUCCCAACUGUGUCACAGUUAGACGCCAUGAAGCUGAACAGGCUGCACACAGCAACAUUGGCUCCCAGCCCGAGCCACAUCAAAACCAGGGAGGAGAAGGGGGAGGUGAGGCCCCACCAGAGAGCUCGCCGUGCCUCCUCAGAUGAAAACAGCCGCUCCAAGUCGGGCAUCCCAGAGAACCGCAUCACCACCAUCCCAGAGCUCACAGAGUCAUUCGAGAAGAGACUCUUUCUCCGGGAUAAGAGGACCAUGUCUCUGAUUGAGGACGACAAGUUGUGCCUGAUCUGUCAUGAGGACAUGAAGAAGAACGGAGGAGUUCAAGAGCUGCACUGUACACACCGUUUCCACAAAGAGUGCAUGGAGCAGUGGCUGUGGAAAAAGCAGACGUGUCCCACAUGCCGUGUCCAUGUGUUCAUGCCGAAGCCCCUCUACUGGUCUUCAUCCCGCAUCCAAGUCCCAUAAAGAUCCUGGAUCUGCACCUGCAUGUGACCCACUGACCCGCCCCCAGACCUCCACCAUAACUCACUCCUCCUGCAUGAACUCCCGCUGCUCCUUCAACGACAUGUGAGGGUUUAUUCAAAACAGCACUCAAGGAGCAGACUUAAGAUCAUCCUCUGUGUUUGGAGGGGCCCUGGACGCUAUGUGACAGUUAAGGGUCCCUCAGUAAGAGACAGGACUUGUGAUCUGGUGGCGUCUCACACAGCUUAUUGAUGUAAGACACUUAUUUAAUGUGUGAAUUAGUGCCCGAAUAUGAGAGUUUUGUCUAUAUUUUGUCCAGAGACAUUUUAAACUCUGCACUGAACUUGCAGUUUUAUGAAGCAAAUUCCCUUGAGAUUUGUUAUAUCUUUUAAAAUCUGACUUUUUUUUUCUUCCUUUUUGCACUUUUGCACAUCUGAUUUACCUUAAAGCAAAAAUUUGCCAUUUUUGGAUUUAUUCGCUUUCUUGCCAAGAGUUAGAUGAAAAGAUUGACACAAAUAUCUGUCUGUUAAAUAUGAAGCUACAACAGCCAUUUCAAAUGUUAUCACUCAAUUAAAUGGGCAUUAUUAAUUCUUAUCAGUGCUGUAGGUCAGGAGGUUCCUGCAGUACUGACUAGUAGAUUCAGAAGCCAGUUAUCAGUGCAUUAAAUGCCUGUUGGCAUCAGGAAUAGUUACAUUAGGUUCCACUUUCACUUAAGUUAGCUUUAGGCGCACAUACUACGAGGUUAGCAGUAGAAAAACAUUGGCUUUAAAUGAGCAUGUUACGUGAAAUACGCCAUGUUGUUAAAGGCCAACUGUGCAGGAUUUAGCGGCAUCUAGCAGUGAUGUUGCAAAAGAGGAACUUCUCCGUUUGUCGUUUGCUCCCAUUUGAGAGAAAUAUUGUCCAAAAAUAUGAAUGGUGAACAGAGUCUCACUCCGACCUCGCCACAUAUCGACAUUUGGUCAUGGACUUUCCACAUCCAAAUGCGAUGUGCAAGGUAGCCUGGAUGCGUUGGUUGUUGACGUUCUUGGACACCGUGUCAAGUUCUCUUUUCAAAAUACAUUUCCGUUUUCACUGGAAAUUUAACAUUUACAUACAGUCUCUUUCAAAAUAAAAGCACUACAUCAGUACAACACCGUGAAUUGACAUAUUUUUUCCUUCAACAACACAUGGGUUUGGCUUCACAAUCUUAGAGGAAGUGACCAGACUCCCAGGUGAAAGUUGGUUGUUGUUGAACCCACCCCACACGGAAUUUCGCUGCCUUAAAUUUCUUGUUGUGCCACGUUUCCCCAAAUGCUGCCGUUAAACUGUAAGGGCAACCAGCUGUGUAUCAUGCCGCCGUGAAAAGACGACUUUUUUUCAUCAAUGUCUUACGCCAGAAUUCACUGCCCAAGCUCCGCAUUUCGAUAACUUGAGACGGAGUGGGUUGAAAUGGCCCUAUCUAGAGCCAGUAUUUGAUUUGUCUGCUCUAGAUUACUGCAAAGAGAUGGUGGACUCUGUGGAAGAGGACCUACAUCAUACGUAGAUAUAAACGGCUCAUUCUAAAGUAACAAAAACACAACAACUCUAAUUCGCGUUAAUGAAACUGAAAGUAAAAGCCAAACCCAGAUUCAUUCUCGUUUGGCUUUUCACCUCGCUAUGUUUGCAAUUUUUUGUCACUGUGUCUUUUGGAUGUGUGCUGCUCACAGUCUGGCACUGGGUCACUGCUUUUUUAUAAAGCCCCGCCCUCACCUGAGCACUGCGUGGGUACACGUCUAAAAAGUACAGACAGAGGGCAGAGUCUCUGCAGAUAGAUACACCACCACACACUUCUAGAAAGGCCAUAAGUGAUGAUUGUGAGGAAUCAAUUCUGUGUGAUGUAGUUAUUAUUUUUAGGAAAUUUUGCAUAGUUCAUUCAUUAUCCUGUUAGGGGUCGUGGUGGGGAUGGAGUCUAUCCCAGCUGACAUUAGUUGAGAGGCAGGGUACACCCUGGACAGGUCACCAGACUAUCACAGGGCCGACACAUAGAGACAGACAACCAUUCACACUCACAUUCACACACACACAUUAUAUCACCUGACUUCCUCAGUCACUGCAUAACAUUAACCUCGGCCAUUUAAUGGGCUGAUAACGGCCUCUGAACCUUCUGUAGCAGGAACCUUCCAAACCAUAUCUAUGAUGCUGAUAACCACAAAUAAUGUCCAUUUAACUGAGUGAUAACAUUUGAACCAGGCAGCUACAACUAUCUACUGGCCUGCUGUGUGCAGACAUGAUAUCAUGGUAUCAAUCUUCUCAAUUUAAUCAACUAAUUUGAUUGAAAGCCCAUGGUUAUUGAUUCCCUUUACUAUUGAAAAAUAAAUAUUGAAAAUAAAUUCUUACAACUCAAACUCAUUUUGUUUUCACCUCUCCUUUGUCUGACAAAAACAAAGUUAAUGUUACACUAACUUCCACAGCGUCAUCAGCAUGUUGAGUAUUUGCAUAUUCAAACUAAUUUGGGCAAUAUUUUUUGUGUUUAUGUAUUGUAGACCACAUUAAUGAUAGAACUAAAUCUUGUAUCUGACGAAGGCAUGGACAGGAAAUAAUGCUCACAGCUUCAUGACGAUUAGCUGUGUCAGUCUGAAAGUGAGUAAGAGCAUCUACUGGUUUCAUGCUUGACUUAAUAAUCUUUACUCUGAGGUUAUAAACGUGAACUCCUCCUCCUGAAACAACAAGUCCGUCUAUCAUAUCUCAUUUUCCAUCUUCUCCAUCUUCCUGCCUUAUCUAUUGUUUUGCAUGUGAAAUGUUUUGCAUGUGAAGCCCAGUCGAGUGUCAUCUGUUGAGCAUUCGAGCUUCUCUGUUGUGUAUCUUGCGCUGCCAAAUGAGAGUUAACAGAGCAAGCUAGACGUCCAACAGGAUCGGGCUGCCUGUGUAUAAAUGUAUCUCUACAAACAUGCAUUUACGUAAAUGUGACUUUAUUUCUAGAUACUGACAAAUAGUCGUCUUUCCAUGUAUAUGAUGUUCAUUUAAGUACCAAUAAACCCUUUAAAUC